AUGAUUUAAAAGAAGCGUUUGCAUUAAUCCUUCUUUGGAGCAAUAAUGACACUAUUAAUGUUUGGUUGCAUAAUAACAUAUAUUGUUAACAAAUUUGUAUAACUAGGAAUGAGAAAAGAAUUCUAAACACUGUAUUCAGAAAUCUAUUAUGAGGAGAUACCAAUUUAUCCAUUGACUUCUCAAAAUUUCACUUUAUAAUUCGCAUUUCAGAACAACAAUUAGAAGAACUACAUAGACGAAUCAGUUUAUAGUGUGAAUGCAUUUAUGGUUAAUAGAGUUUAAAGAACGUAUGAUUUAUUUUAGAUAGCAGAGUGAAUAAUAAAACAACUUAAGAUGUCACAAAAACAGAGAUACCCCUAAGUAAAUGUGCUAAGAUUGGAAUAACUUUCGAGGAGAUUGAGGAGUAAUUAGAUAAUGUUGAUUUCAAUAAUACGUAUUGCAUAGAUUGGGAGAAAAUUUCAGAGUUAAGUUUGACUGGUACUCCUGAUUAGGAAAACUAUACUUAUAUAUACGUAAAUUUCCAAAUAUGCGUGAAUGAUACAACCAAUAGUAGUUUUGAUUAUAUAAAUAGGCGAGAGUGUGACAUGUAAAUCGAAGGAAGAAAUUCAAGAUAAAUUAAGGAAGAAUUACAUUUAAUUUUAGAUGUCCUCAUACAAUAUUGACCUAAGGAAUUAUCAAUAGCCAAAUGUUCCAAAGGUUGAAGAAAUAUAAACAACUAUAUCAAGUUAAGUGAUGAAAGACAUUACUUUAUUUAUGCAACCAAUUACCACCUUGACUGAAGAUGGAUUAUUGGAUGAAUUGAUUCGAAAAGAUGCUACUAUAAGGUAUUAAAAAAGUUAAGAGAUUAUUGAUUUUAACAGUGAUGAAUCCUUGGCAACGGUUUAGAUUAGAUUAGCAAAUACUGAGAAUGUUAGUUAUAGAAUAUAUCCAAAAUUAUAAGAUAUCUUGGCUUAAGCAGGUGGUUUAUGGGAGUUAUUGUUGCUUGCCUUUUCAAUUAUUGUGAAACCCUUUUCUUAAAUGUCAUUCAAAAUGGAAAUCAUAAAUAGUUUAUUCAAUUUCGAAGGCCAAAAAUUAAUAGAUCAAGAUGAAUCUGAAAAUAAACAUAAACGAUUUGAUAAACUAAAUGGGUUUUAAGAGAAUAUUUAAACAAAUGAGAAUGACGUUUCAAUAAUAUUAAACUCAUUGAAAUCAAAAGCAAGUGCAAGAUUUCCAAGAGGAAGAGCAAAGUUGAAAACUGUAAAAGUAGAUGGAAUAAAUUCUGCUUAAACUGAAAAAUCCUCCUAAGUAUUUGCUAACUCUCCUGGAAAUGAAAAAAUACUUAAAAAAGGAAUUAAUGUUGCAUUCAGAAAGUUCUUCAACGUUGCAACACUUAAAUUAUAAUUUAAUCCAUUAGAUUAUUUUAGAUAUUUGAAGUGUGGGUAAUAAUGUAUUCAAUAUUUUAAAGGAAGAAGGAAGGAAAGUAUAAACAAUUAAGUUAUUCAAUCUCAAAAUUAGAUAAGUGUCUUGAUAUCCUCUUUAUUAUUGACAAGUUACAAGAAAUAGAUAAAUUAAAAAUGAUUUUGUUAUCAAAAGAGUAAGUGCAACUGUUUGAUUUCCUUCCUAAGCCAUUAAUUUGUCUUGAUCCCUCAAAUUAAUAUUUAAGUGAGAAUUAUCAAUACUCCUCAUUACUAAAACCCUAUAAGGGACUAAAAGAAAAAUCAUUAGAAGCUCAAUAAGUACUCGAUUAAUUACUUGAAAAUUUGGACGAUCCUAUUACUAAUAAACUUAUUUCGUUGAUGGAUCCAAAUUUAAUAAAGUUGUUAUAGAUAUAGCAUGAUUUAAAAAAGAAGCAAAGCCCAAACCUAUUAAUUAAUGAAUUUGUUGAAUGA